UUUUAAUAUUUUCAUGUUUUAUUCUUAUUUAAAGUGAUUUCUUAACUUUUUAUAUACUUUUAAAUGAUGUAAUUUAUAUUUUUUUUAUUUCUAUACAAGUUUGUAAUUAAAAUAAUUUAAAGAGUCGUAAGAUUUCACACGUUGUUCGUAGUGUGGCAUUCAUUAUGGGAUCGGGGGAAGUAUCAAAAUAAAUUUUUAUUCAUCUUUUAAGUAGAUUCAUUCAUUCUUUUACUACUAUCGCGCUUAUUAGUGGGCCUAGCUUAAGCCCAUAAGUUUUAAAGUUCGAGGGCCAGACCCGAUAUAUAUCCCAUCAGGCGAGUUGGACUCCAGACUUAAUAAACAAGGGGAUGCUUAAUUCUAAACUUGUUUAGUAAAAACCCACACGAGGAAAACGAGAGGAAAACCAUAACAAGAAAAUAGUACUCGGUGCAUGUCACCCCAUGAACCGAGGUAAGUACUCAUGCGGGCCGAACCGGAUUUCAGGCCGGGCCAAAAUUCUAUAUUACGGGGAAAAAUUGGAAACCCAAGCACGGCACUCUCGAGUACAUGCGGGCUUGGGACCGCCGCACUCACAUCGAAAUUUAGUUUUUUAUUUGUGAAAUUUGCACUAAAUAAGACUAAAACAUAAUGACUUUUCAAAUGUAGGACUUGAACUUUUUUAUUCUCUAAAUAGGACUUAAUAAUGACCUAGUGGAAGGAAUAAUGUCCAGUAAUGAUGGACAUUUAAUUGAAUAAUGACUACUUGAUAAUAACCAAAGGUCCUAUAUUGGGAAAUAAAAACAUAUGGUCCUAUAUUAGAAAAAUCAUUAUGUUUUAGUCUUAUUUAAGUAAAUUUCUCUUUUUAUUUUUAAAAAUUGAAAAUGCUAUAGAGUUUGGUGCAUAAAUAUUUAGGCCCGGGGGGUUGUUCUGUACACAGAGACUGAAUCUCUUCUCAUGGAGCUGCUGCUUUCUUGGUUGGUAGCUUAACUGAUUAAUGUAUACAUAUAAUAUAGAGCAUCAUUGAAGCAUGCCUGCACCCAAAAAGCACCCCCAUCAACACUCAUUCUUCUCAAGUCACCUUUCAAAGCAAAAGCUAAUGAAGCUAUUGGGGCUCGCCGCAUCUUCCUCUUCGGCUCUCUCUCACGCCGAUCUCUCUCUCUCACGCUGUGCUUCACUGCCGGCGAACCUCCUCCCUUCUUCCACCAUGGCAGACAAAGCAGAGAGUGAAAUCACAUCUCAAGACAUCACCUCCAAAUCUCCCCACCUUGCCUUCACCACCAUCUCCAACGUAAAACUUCAUGUUCCUAUUCAACUCAGUUUCUCACAACCCAAUUACAAAAAGUGGAGUCGAUUAUUUCUCCUCCUGGUUCGCCGUUUCAACCUCCACAGGUACCUCGACGGCUCCGUCGUUCCCACCUCUGACGACGACGAUGAAUGGUUCCAACUAGACGCUCUUCUCCAGGGUUGGAUCCUCUCUACCAUCACCGACGAAGUUUCAGAUCUCGUCAUCUCCUCCACCACCUCAGAAGCUUCUCUCUGGAAGUUCUCCAGAUGCUACGCGGCUUGCCGGAGGAUCUUCAGGCUCAAACCUCUUUUCUUCAGUUUCAAGAUCCGCUGCCUACGUUUCUUCAAGCCCGAUCGGCCCUUCUCCUGUUGGAGCGGCAACGCACGCCCCUGGACACUCACAGCUCCACCGCCCUUGUUGCCCGAUCGGGUGGACUUCCUCAUUCUGGGGGCUACGGCGGACCUCAAACGCCGCAGGGCAGCGGGUAUGGCGAAGGCUCCUCGGGACAGCGCACUAGCUAUGGACGAGGCCACGGACGUGGCGGUGGAAACCGGGGCCGAGGUCGCGGUCGUGGCGGCUUCAACGGAUCGCGGCAACGACCACCCACCGACGGCUAUCAUACUUGGAACUCACCCAACCCGAAUCCCAACCCGGGGCUGCUAGGUCCUCGGCCUACCCCCUCCCCUCACCCAUAUCAAGCCUAUGCCUACAACACUACAACCCCACCUCUCCCCACCCCACACCCGUACCCUUCCCCCCACCCAACNCACACCAAACAUACCCCGACACUCCAACCCCCAACCCCACGGCCCUAGCCAACUAUUUUGACACAAUGUCCCUCCGUGAGCCCACUUGGUUUAUGGAUACCGGUGCUUCUCAUCACAUCUCAUCUGACCCAGGUACUAUUUCUCAUGUCUCUUCUCAAACUUUACAUUCACCACUAUAUAUCACUGUUGGAUCGUCGGACGGGAACCGUGAUGCAUCGGUCCAAUAAUGCAGGCCCCUUAUACCCUAUCGACCGCACAGCUCCUGCCCAUGCUCACGUCGCUGCCGUUGAUCCUCAAACUUGGCACCGGCGUCUAGGUCAUCCAAGCCCUGCAGUUCUCCGUGGCGUCUCGCACCUUCUUCCUCAUUUUACAAAUUAUUCUCAUACUUUAUGUCAUGCAUGUCAACUGGGAAAGCAUGUUCGCCUCCCAUUUUAUAACUCUAGUCGUGUUUCUUAUUUUCCUUUUCAGUUACUACAUACAGACUUAUGGCAAUCUCCUGUUC